AAUCAAUCAAUCAAUCAAUCGCCCGCAGAUGAACAUAUGGAAUCUCCACGGCCAUGUCUGACGUCGCACUGCCGAAGAUCAAGGUGACGGAUGCGCAUAACUCGGACGACCGCACCACAUCGGUUGCUGAGUCUCCAAGUACCACGACAGACGGGAGUCAAUCUGUACGGCCGCGCUCGGCGGCCUCUUCAGAAGGUGUGUCUGAUUGUAAGCUUUGAUAUUGCUCUUGCAGAGCGAUUGCGAUGACCCAAUGCAGUGCCUUUUCUUGCUCGCCGGUACGCUCAUGCUGACAGGAGCCUUCACAGCAGUAAAUUCAGCACAGGCAAACGGGAAGAAAUCCCCAAUCAAGUUGAUCCGCAACAGCUCGAGCAAAGACAUCGAUAGCCAGACUUCGACAACCCCACCGCGACCCUCAACGGCUAUAGAUCCUCUCUCGCAUCACAUCCUAAAGCGGACGAAUACUGAGGGCAUAAUACCUCCAAAACUUUCUCGAAAUGCUGGCGUGCCGGAUAGUCCGAAGCCCAAUGCGGGAGGUCAAGGAAACGCUGAGACCGGCUCGCAAGGAAGACAAUUUCCACCUGAAGUCGUUCGCAGUGAUAGCAACCUGAUCAAAGAGAAGAAGAAGGGCGUCUCGUUCUUAAGUCGCUUCAGUAUUGGUGGAAAGAAGAAGGAUUUCGAUGUUGAUGACGAUGAAUCUGAGCUGGGCGAUGCGCGUACGGAAGGGAUGAAUGCCCAUGUCUUCUCCUCCUCGAUCGGUGCGAACGGGUACAUUCCACAACACAAGGAGCCACCGAGGUACAUCAAGGUCCGGGCACAUAACAAGAAGAGGAGGGAGUUCAAUCGCAUGUUCCUGGCACAGGAACUGAGCGGUUCGAAACAUGCAGAAAAUGACGAGAAAACGCCUGGCUUGACGUCGGCAGAGUUUUCUGAUCGCCAAUCACAGAGGGCGUCAAAGCCUCUGAAACCGAGUGGAGCGGUAUGGUCAAUGGAGUUUAGCAAGGAUGGGAAAUACCUUGCAGCAGGCGGUCGAGACCAAGUCGUUCGAGUAUGGGCGGUCAUCUCAACACCGGAAGAGAGGGAAGCACAUGAACAUGAGGAAGAUGUAUCGUCAGCCACGGGAGGGGAAAGGCUAAGAGCACCAGUCUUCCGAUCCGAACCCGUUCGACGAUUCGAAGGUCAUACUGGUGAUAUUCUGGAUUUGAGCUGGAGCAAGAAUAAUUUUCUACUCUCUUCAUCUAUGGAUAAGACGGUACGUCUCUGGCAUAUCAGCAGGCAGGAAUGUCUAUGCACCUUCAAGCAUAAAGAUUUUGUCACCUCAAUCGCCUUUCAUCCAAGGGAUGACCGAUUCUUCUUGGCCGGAUCUCUUGACUCGGUCUUGCGAUUAUGGAGUAUCCCAGACAAGACUGUGGCGUAUUGGAAUCAGCUACCUGAUCUGAUCACGGCUGUGGCAUUUUCCCCGGAUGGGAAGACCGCUAUAGCCGGUGUCCUUAGCGGGCUCUGUCUAUUCUACGACACCGAAGGCUUGAAGUAUCAUACGCAAAUACAUGUUCGUUCGUCACGUGGCAAGAACGCCAAAGGAAGCAAGAUCACUGGUAUUCGGACGAUGACAUUCCCGCCAGAUGAUCCAGAUGGCGAUGUAAAGGUCCUCGUCACCAGCAAUGACUCCCGGGUUCGCAUGUAUAAUCUUCGUGACAAAAGCCUGGAGUUGAAGUUUAGGGGUCAUGAGAAUACCUGCAGUCAGAUUAACGCUAGCUUUAGCGACGAUGCAAAGUAUGUCAUCUGUGGGAGUGAGGAUCGAAAAGCCUACAUCUGGUCUAUCGGUUCAGCGGAGGCCGAAAAUAAAGACAGACGCGCCUUGGAGUUCUUUGAAGCGCACUCGGAUAUAGUGACAGCGACUGUAAUGGCGCCAAUGAAAUCUCGGCAACUGCUCAGUGUGUCUGGGGAUCCUCUAUAUGAUCUCUGCAAUCCCCCACCAGUGACCCUGCUCAGCAGGGAGGAGUCGAAUGCAUCUUCGAUGCCUGUGCCAGCCAGCGAAUCCGACAAGCGGCGGUCAGAUGCUAUCAGUGAGUCUCAAUUCAGGAGACCCGAAGAAUCUCCCGCUUACCUGGCUCGGUGUGCACACAUGGAUGGCAAUAUAAUCAUUACGGCUGAUUAUCAGGGUUGCAUAAAGGUGUUUCGACAAGAUUGCGCUUACCAGAAACGCCGCAACAUAUUGGAGACGGGAUCGAUGUUCUCUAAGAAAAUGCUUGGACGAAGCAGCAGUAUCAUGACACGCAACAGCACUGGCGGUUCACGUUCCCGGGGAAAUUCUGUCUCUCGUCGGAAUUCUGUCUCUCGGACUUCGAACCAUUCCAACCAAGGCAGGCCAACAGACCACAUCCUCUCAUGGCGGGACUCUGUGAACAAUACCGCUCAUCAUGAUGAUGGGUUUCGAAAUAGAGCAAAAACAUCUCGAAGCGAUCGCAGCAUAUCUCCUGGCAGAUUCUCAAGGAUAUCCAGGCCCAACACCAGCUCUAAUUCUUCGAGCACAACUCGGAAUCAACAAAAACCUGCUCCGUCUCCGCUUACCUUUGCAACACCAACUGCUUCUACAACCAGUCCAAGCACUAAUAUUAGCCAGCCCCCCACUCCAGGCUUCAGCAUUCACAGCAUAAAUGAUGACAAUGCCUUGAGGAUAGAUCCUACGGGUAAGGGCUAUCAGUUUUGGAAUAUGUCGUCCAUGAAAGCCCAGGUACAAAGUGCACUUGACCCCAGCAAGUCGGGCACCGAAAGGUUGAGACCGCCACUAUCAAAGGGAAAUAGCUAUGUCAGUAGACUAAGCAGUGAUGACGGGACGUCAGGGGAGUUGGGAGACGGGGACGAAAGUGAUGGUUCAUCUCUUACGUGCACGAAGUGCGGAGGAAAGGACUUUAGAGCCCGAAGAGUAGCUGGAAAGGGGCAGAGGUUGGCUUGUACAAGGUGUGGGACGACGACGGAUUGAUUGAUUGAUAUGGGUUGAGCGGUGUUUGGGUUAUCACGGGGCGCUCAGGCUAUUAGCGAUGUGAUUUUGAUCAUUAUAGCGCGCAUGUAUCCUAUGAUGAGAGACGUGAUGAGAGACGUUAGAUUACGAAGUAGAGGAACGCAUCUGGUUUUUAUCUUCAUUUUCUGUUAUUAUAUU